AUGCGGUUCUACGCUUCGCAAUUGUUUGCACUCAGCAGUCUGCUAUGGGCAUGCCCUAUCAAUGCUUCUCCCAUCUCGGCUCGUGAUGCCCCAACACCGGGACUGCCUUAUGAUGCAAACACCACGAAGUUCUGCACCUGGUGGGCUGAUAUGACUACGGUUAUGGCUUGCCCUGCAUUUCUAAGUGAAAACUUCGUUACUCUUGACGACUUUCUUCGUUGGAAUCCUUCGAUCGCAGCAGACUGCAGUAAUCUCACUGCUGGAAAAUCGUACUGCAUCGAGGCUGUCGACGAGCCUGCUCCAGCACCCGGUACAACGCCACCAGUAGCAACGACGAUUGCUUCGACAUCCUCGACACCACUUAUGACCUCAUCGGCCGCUUCAAAGACUUCUACCAAGUCGAGCACCAUUGUCUCAACAUCAUCGGACCCAGUUGUCACCUCAUCUGAUAUUCCACCGACUUCUACCAAGUCCAGCACCAUCACCAGCACAUCAACUACCAGUGCAGGUAACGGCGUCACCACUCCCCAGCCUACUCAACCAGGCAUGGUCAGCAACUGUAACAAGUUCCACUGGAUCGCCGCAGGUGUUAGCUGUGGCCAAGUAAUCAGCUACCAAAAGAUCACUCUAGCUGAUUUCGUCAAGUGGAACCCUACUGUAGGGGACAGUUGCACGGGUAUGUGGGCUGAAGUCAACGUGUGCGUUGGAGUCAUUGGCGGAAGUAGCCCUACUACUGCCAAACCCUCGACUACAACGAGUGCAGGCAACGGCGUGCAGACACCUCAGCCUACGCAGCCUAGUAUGGUUGGGAACUGCGCGAAAUUUCACUUUGUGGCGAAGGGUGUUACGUGCAGUCAAAUUACAAGCUACCAGAAGAUCUCUAUGGACGACUUUGUUAGAUGGAACCCUACUGUCAAGAGCGACUGUACAGGGUUACAGGCCGAUGUCAACGUCUGCGUAGGACUGAUUGGGGCCACAACGACGACGAUCAAACCUAGCACAACUACAUCAGCUGGCAAUGGCAUUCAAACACCACAGCCUACACAGUCUGGAAUGGUGAAGAACUGCAAGAAGUUUCACUACGUCGCCGAAGGUGUGGUUUGCAGUCAGAUUACUAGUUACAACAAGAUCACACUUGCAGAUUUUGUUAAGUGGAAUACGGGAAUUGGCUCAGACUGUAGGAGUAUGUGGGCCAACACGUAUGUGUGCGUUGGUGUAUGA